GUGUAAUACAACAAAAACAGUACAGUGGUGUAGGUUAUAUUUCCACCACCACUUCAGUUCAGCUCAAUCUUAACUAGGCGUAACAGGGUCCAUUCAUCAAGUAAGCUUUGGUCCAUUCAGUAGUGGUGUAGGUUAUAUUUCCUGCUGUGUAAGUUUGGUUGCUGAUGGUGAACAAUUUGUGUUCACUGGGCAAGUUUUAGGGUCCUUACCCUUUCAAAAAAAAAAAAAAAAAUUGUCUUAUUGAGUUUUUUUUUUUUUCUUUUUAAAUAAUAUUAUUGUGUGAAUCUUUGUUUGUGGGGAUAAGAUCAGAUGAGGAGAAAGAGGAAGGCACGCAGAUUUUAAAGAGAGGUUGUGAAGGGAGGGUGGGCCCGGUCAAAAGAAACUAGCCCGAGUACAAUGGAAGUGGGGCCCUCACCACCAGUCAAUGACAAACACCUGCCGUCCGAUCUUGACCGUUAGUCGGUUAAUGACACUCUUAUCAGCUUCCCUCGGCCCCUCCAUCACCUUUGAUCUGCGCGAGUAAAGUAAUGUUCGUUUGGGCCCCACAUAAACUUAAACCCUACAAAACAAAAAAUAAGAAAGUUCAUUGGGACCCACCAUAAAAAUAUCAAAAAAUUAAGGGGAAUACAAAAACAGAAGAAGAGGAAAGCACACAAACACGAAUCACACGUCACAAGCUUCGUGGGGUUGCCGGUGGGGGCAAUCCAAACAGAAAUAGCAAAAAAAAAUAAUAAAAAAUAAAAGAAAAACAAUUUAAAGAGAGAAAAAACAAUUUCUCUGCGGAAGAGGAGAGAGAAAAUAAGAUUAGAACCUAACAACCACCACAACAAAACAAGGCAGAGAUUGAGAGAGAGAGACAGACAGAGGGAAAGGAGAAAGGAUGUUCUGAGAGAGACCAAAGAUGGUUGAAGAGAGGGUUCUCUGAGAUCAUCCUGGAAAGGGGAAGUAAUAGAAAAAUAAAUUAAGUUUUUUUUUUCUUUGCUACCCUUUUUGAGUCUCAAUCGUCCUUCCCACACAUCACCCCCACAAAAACAAUAUCAUUCUUGUCGUCAAUACCAAUCUACCCACCCCUCACCAAUAACAGAGUUACCAUUGCAUUGCAUUGUUACCCAACGACAACAAAAGCUAUAGCGGAAGCAGCUCGUAAAGUUUUUAUUCUUCUGCACUUUGCCACGUUUACAUGCUCCAUAUUGAUUUGUGGAGAUAACAGGAGGAAAAUAGCUUGCUAAGGCGGGGUAUAUGCACAUUUCCACAAAAAAGGGUGUAGAGAGACAAUUAAGAACUGCAAAAAUGAGAGACCCAGAUGCGGCCAUUACCGAAUACGAUUAUUGUGCAUUUGUUUCUAAUGUAGUUGAUGCGUAGUUGUUUGUUGUUGUUGUUGUUUUUUGAUUGAGUUAAAAGGGUAGUUUUGUAUAGGAAAACCUGGCGAUUUUGUAUAGCGUCCUGGCUAUUGGAAGACAUUAUCGCUACCUCCACCACUGCGAAAUUUGGUUAAUCAAGCAAUGGGGGGUAGUUGGAACCCAAUAGUAUUCCAGUUCCAUUGUUUCUUGUUCCUGAUUCUCGGUCUCGAGAUUCAAGGGUCUAGGGCGCUUAAUGAUGAAGGAUUGGUAUUAUUGGAAUUCCGGGCGAGAGUAACUUCAGAUCCUUCUAAUGCCCUUGCAAAUUGGGAUCCUAACGACGGCAAUCCAUGUUCAUGGCUGGGUGUUUCUUGUGUUGACGGUAAAGUGCAAAUGCUGGACUUAGAUGGGCUUUCUUUGGAAGGGACCUUGACACCUGAGCUGGGCAAACUUAGCCAUCUAAGAUCUCUUGUGCUUUGCAGAAACAAUUUCUCUGGUGGCAUCCCUAAAGAGUUGGGAGGGCUUACAAAGCUGGAGCUAUUGGACUUGAGGGAGAAUAACCUGAGUGGAUUGAUUCCGACAGAAAUAGGUGGAAUGCUGUCACUAAAACGCUUGUUGCUUUGUGACAAUAAAUUUGAAGGUAGCAUUCCGAUGGAGAUCCGAAGGCUCAGUUUGCUCUCUGAAUUGCAGUUGGACAAGAACCCUACAUCUGCUAUGGAGACUGAAGUCAGCUGUUUAAAUAGGAAGUUUGGACACUGCAUCUGGCAGAGCAGUUUGACGCAACUGAAUAAGGCGGAUUCAUUAAUAAUGCCCAUAAAAGGAGCUGUUCUACGUUUUCUUGGUGCCUUGCAGCUGUCCAAUAUUGGGAAGGAUUCCCUGCUUGCAGGUCAAGAUGGUUGCUAUGAUGAGCUAGCUGGAUCAUCUGAUUCACACAAUAUCAACAAAGGAGAGAACAUUGUCAAUUUUGCGCGUCGUAGACUACUUGAACAGUCCAGUAACCUUGCUGCUGCUCCUGCUAUUGGUGGGUCUUUCACUGGGCAGAUUAUUGCCCUUCCAACUCGAAGCAGCGGAGCUUUCCCAGCUGUACCAAAUGGGAAUAAGAAACAGUCUCCUCCACCUUCAUCGCUGCCUUCACCUGUUGAUCCUUCUUUGCAAGGGACAACACAAUCUUCCAAAACCCCCAUUGACGAUCAACAAUCCAGUAGAAGUGUCUGGAGUUAUUUCUAUAUCAUUCCAAUUGUGGCUGUAUUGAUCAUUAUUAGUGCAGCCUUGUUUUUCAUGUGCCGUAAAAAAGGAGUGAGAACCAUAGGUCCUUGGAAGACCGGAUUGAGUGGACAGUUGCAGAAAGCCUUUAUAACAGGGGUUCCCAAGCUGAAUGCACCGGAGCUGGAAACUGCCUGUGAGGAUUUCAGCAAUAUAAUUGACACCAUUGAUGGUUGCACUGUGUACAAGGGAACAUUGUCCAGUGGAGUUGAGAUCGCUGUUGCUUCAACUGCUGCUAUGUCUUCCAAAGACUGGUCAAAGACUGCAGAAAUUGCCUUCCGCAAAAAGAUCGACACGCUGUCACGAAUCAACCAUAAAAACUUUGUCAAUCUCAUUGGUUAUUGUGAGGAGAAUGACCCUUUCAAUAGGAUGAUGGUGUUUGAAUAUGCUCCAAAUGGAACCCUUUUCGAGCAUCUCCAUGUUAAGGAAAUGGAACAUCUUGACUGGAGUGCAAGGAUAAGGGCUAUUAUGGGAACAGCUUACUGUCUACAAUAUAUGCACCAUGAUCUGAAUCCUCCUGUUGCACAUUCCAACUUGAGUUCAACUUCUAUCUAUUUAACAGAUGAUUAUGCUUCCAAAAUAGCUGAGAUCAGUUUCUUGCCUAGAGUUGCACCCAAGACGAAGAAUUCAGACGACGAUGAUUUGGAACAUUCUGUAUUGCCACCUCUUGCUGAUCCAGAGACAAACGUCUACAGUUUUGGGAUAUUGUUGCUCGAAAUCAUAUCAGGAAAACUCCCAUACUCGGAAGAACAAGGUCCUCUAGAGAAAUGGGCUGCUGAGUAUCUGAACGACAAGAAGAGCAUAAGCUACAUGAUUGAUCCAACCCUCAAGUCAUUCAAAAACAAUGAACUUGAUGUCAUCUGUGAAGUUAUCCAAGACUGCAUAAAUCCUGAUCCAAGGCAGAGACCAACAAUGAGGGAUGUGAUUCCCAAACUGAGAGAAGUUAUUGCCAUUUCACCUGAUCAAGCUGUACCAAGACUUUCUCCUCUCUGGUGGGCUGAACUCGAAAUCUUGUCUGUGGAGGCAACUUAAAAUGGAUAAUCUGACACUCUUCUUUGAUUUGUAAGUCCAAAUGCUGAGGAUUACUUUUCAAUCAUGCUUCCCUCAACAUAUACUAAUCCUAUCAGUACCCAGGCUUUCAUGUAUCUGAUUUUCUUUUUGUCUCAUUGCUUGUUAUUUGUCCUAUGAUUCAUUGAGUUGGAAUUUUUCCCCAAUUUCUUCUA